AUGCCGCCCAAAAAACCAAUCAACUGGAAAAUGCUCGGUAAAAUGACAGCAGCCGGCCUUAUAUGUUGUAUUGGUGGACCAGCCCUUGUCAUGUACGUGUCUCCAACGCCGGAAGAACUCUUCUCACGUUAUAACCCUGAUCUUCAAAAACGCGCGCUAGAAAGCCGAGAAAAAAGACAACAGGAGUUCGACGACUUCGUCAUGAAGUUGCGUGAGUACUCAAAGAGUGAUAGACCGAUUUGGCUCGUAGCAGAGGAUGCUGCCAAAAAGGAUCGAGAGUCGAAGCUUGAAGGCAUCAAAAAAAUGCGGGAGGAAAAGUUACGAGAGGCGGAGGAGCAAGAGGCUGAGAGACGUCGAAGACUCGAAAUUAUCAAGGGCAAUUCCUAG